AUGCGACCUCCAAGAAUCGUGAUCAUUGCUGCUUUUCUCCUUACUACUUUCUUUCUCACAUUUUUAUCUCUGCGGUCCUCUCAUUCACCGCAGAAUGUAUCUGCUACUGCCACUACUCCAAAAUCCGGAAUACAAUCGUUAUUCUCCUUCCGAACUCCAUUUUCGCUCUUCCCUCCCAAUGCGAUUAUAACUCUUACGAAUGAUAACACGACUGCUUUCCUAGCAAGGCCUGCUGCCUUUGGACCUUUACUUCCCAACGAAGGAUUAAAGGGUCAGUUAUGGAUAGGAAGUGGAUUUGGGGAUGAUAGCAUACGACAAGGUCCUGUUGCCUCUGGGGCUGAAGGCGAAUUAGGAUGUAGUGAUGUGCCAGGUUGGGUCGAUAAUUUUGCAAAGUCUGGCGCGGCAGAAGGAGCCAAAUCUGGAGACGAUAAAUCUGCGACGACUGCAAGCAAAUCGAAAACAAAUAAAAGGGCAAAUGAUGACGAUAAAGCCUUCAUCGAUGGCACGUCGAGUAGUUUUUUAAAAGGCAAACAUAAUGCUGGAGAGCCUUCGGCUGAUGAUGGUACCGACGAUUACCUUCACCACCCACUAUCUGGAUCAGCAGUAUCAAAACAUAUGGACCAGCAACCCAAAGAUCUCAAGGCAAAUCAUGCAGAUAUUCAAUCUAUACAGGAAGGUGCGGAAAUAGCUGGCAAGGUUGUACUAUUGAGUCGUGGAGGCUGUGGAUUUUUGGAAAAAGUGAAAUGGGUACAGCGUAGGGGUGGUAUUGCUCUGAUUGUUGGUGAUGACAAAAGUGGCGGACCACUAAUUCAGAUGUAUGCUCGAGGUGACACAUCAAAUGUCACUAUUCCAGCUAUCUUUACAUCGCGUACUACGGCUCAUCUACUCUCUUCACUCAUAGGCCCCGGCACCUUUAUGGAAGAUGCACUGGAUGAAAGUGGAAAGGCGACAUUGAAAGUCCAAAAGAAUGACAAGGCCAAGAAAGUUACCAAAAAGAAGAAGACGAAGGAAUCUCAGCCCGCAUUUACAGCCACUACAGCUACACCCAAAGCUACGAAGGCGGGUCGAACAAAUCUGAAGAAGACGACUAAGAAGGAGUCUACAAAAGUGAAAGGCGAAACCACAAUAAUCGAAACGCAGAAGCCAGGGUGGUUCAAAUCGUUGUUCUAUGGAACUGGUGGACGAAGUUCGGUAAAGGAUAGUAGUCGGCCGCCGAGCAGCGGUCAACUUGAUUGGGUUCUUGUUGACGAUUGGAAGGAUGAUGAUAACGCUGGCACGAAAAAAAUAUCAACCGCCAAACUCACAGGUCAAGAAAAGGCGGAUGCUGAUAAAAAAUCACAGCAAACUAGCAAAGGUGGAAAUAAGCCUGCAUCAGGUGAUGAUUUUGUGAUUGGUGUACAGGAUUGGCGUGAUCCAGAUUUGGUAGGGUCAUCUGAUAGCAAGAACUCGAAAACAGGUAUUGCAAAGACGGACGGGAAGUUUGAUGCAGAUCAGGCAAAAAAUCAAUCGCCGCAGCCGACAAAGGCAGGAAAAAAGAAUUCAGGUGGUGCCACACAAGAGACUGAAGCGGCGCCCAAACUGCGAGGAGGAAGUAUUACUCCUGGCAGUGGAGAAUAUGCCCCUAAACUUGCGUCGGAAGUGGAUAAGACCAAGGCCAAGGAGACGACUGACAAGUCAAGCUCAUCUGGUAGCAAGACAAAGGGUAUUUUGACAACUAUCUUUGGUGAUGAUGAAGAGGACUUUGAAUUCCUCGCGUCAGGAUCAAGCAGUACGGGCAGUGUUGAUAUUGAUGAUGAGAAUGAAGAUGAUGAUGACGAAGAGGAUGAGGAAGAUGGUCUUUGGGUUACAUUGACACCUACCAGCGGAGCCAGUCCAUUCCUUGACACCUUGUUAGUAUUAAUUGUUAGUCCACUUGUCACUUUGACCGUGGUCUACGCAUUACUACUUCUGAGAUCUAGAAUAAGGCGACGUCGUUGGAGAGCACCGAAAUCGGUUGUCGAAAGAUUACCUGUCAGAACUUACCAAACCAUCAAUACGCCUGGUAGUCGAUCUCCAACGAUUCCAUCCCCAACUAGUUCUUCAGCAUCCACCCCACUUCUAUCACAUACAACACCAGGUAGACCUCGUCCGAGAUCACGCACAACAACAGGGAUUCCAGAGCCUGGAGAUAUUGCUCGAGUCAAUUCAAAUCCAUUACAAGUACCACUACUCACGGCACCUCAGCCUAAUGAGCACGAGAAGAACGUUGGAUCACCUAGUCAAUGGAAGAAAUAUAUGGGUAAGCAAAUAGAGUGUGUGGUUUGUUUAGAGGAAUAUGUGGAUGGUGUCAGUCAAGUCAUGAGUUUACCUUGCGGCCAUGAAUUUCACGUGGAUUGCAUAACACCCUGGUUAACUACUCGCCGCCGGACAUGUCCUAUCUGUAAAGGCGAUGUCGUUCGUUCCCUCGCUCGAGGAUCACCUUCUUCUCCACGCUAUGAAGCGUAUCAUGAUGAUGACAGUGAUGACGAUAUACAAGCUCAAGCAGCAGAAACUGUAAAUACUGCCUCCUCGUCUGCACUGCCCAUCUCCCGCAAUCUUGAAGACGAGAUUGAAGGAGAUCUAGAACGAGGAAUUUCUCCUCCGACACCAACUCGCGCUGGCAGACCUAGUAGACGAGGAGAAAGUUGGAGGAGUAUGUUGGUUGAUAGCUCUAUGAAUUUGUUGAGCGGGAGUCUAGCCUCUCAAUCGAGCAGUAGAAGUCCUAGAAGAGGGGAGGAGGACAGGAAUCGGUAA